AGUCCUGACGAUGCCCCAACAGCUGCUGUCUGCAUGCCAGCAGCCACCAGUAGUAAAGACUCGGAAGGGGAGAACUCCCAAGGAGCUUUCCCCAACCAUCCUCCCAUGAAUGCUCCACUGAAGAUUAGUCCAGGCCCAGAUUUAGUCAACUCAUCCACCCCAGGAUUGCUUCUAGGUUUGGUGCAUCCCAAAAUAGAGUAUGACCCCGAUGAGGAGGGGGAAUCUUCACGGGAAUCCAAAGACACAACUCUUUACCAAGGCCCAAAUCAGGAUGGGGAGAGAACUGUUAACGCUAGCCCGGCUCCAAGCACUGAGCAUUCGUCCGUGUCGUUUGCUAACUGCCCGAUGAAGCAGUUUCCAGAUGUGCUGUUCAGAGCAGGGAUGAACCCUAAUCGUGAUGAACACUAUUCGCAGAGUUUGGGGUACGUCGGUGGGUUCGGCCGUGGGGAUGAUGUGCUCGGUCCUGCGGGGCCCUGUGGGAUGGAGAUUCAGAAUGACUGGUAUGGGGAUGAUCCAGGGAGGCUGCACAAAUGUCCAUUCUGCCCAUACACGGCCAAACAGAAGGGUAUUUUAAAGAGGCACAUCCGCUGCCACACAGGAGAAAGGCCUUAUCCUUGUGAGGUCUGCGGCAAACGUUUCACAAGACAAGAACAUCUUCGCACUCACGCAAUAUCUGUAAGUCUUCAUAAGACAGCUAAGGGCCGAUUUGAGGAUUAAUGUUUAACCGUAUUGAAAGUACUGCCUUCGUUUAUCUGAACUUGCUGUUAGUCUGUUUGUUUCUGUUCUGUAGACUGGCCAGAGUAAGAACAUAAGCAAGUGUCUGCUCAAUAUUGUGUUAAAUAUACUUAGUAAUCCUGUUGCUGCGCUUACCUGUGGUUUAUUAAUUCCAGAGAAAUGUGUGGUUUAUGCAAAAUAUUGUAGUCAAGGCAUUUUAUUUGUAUGUGCUUUGCACGGUACACAUUGCUUGAAAGCGUUUUUUCAACAAAAUCAUGUUGUUAAUGUUUACAGUAUUUUUCUUGGCUUUUUAGUUGCUAUUAGCAGAUGGAAAUAAUAUAGUUUACAUUUUGAAACCAUAUAAAAAGUCACUUUACCAAGAUCUGCUAAAUAGUCUGUAUUGCUUUACAUGAGUGUAUUGUAUGUUUGGAGGUAAAGUUGGAGGUCCUAGGACUAUAUUUUCAACUUCUAAUAUAUCACUGGCUGAUAUAUUAAAUUAUACAACAAUACACCAAGACUGCAUUGCAUGUGUAGUGUAUUACAGUUAUUGUUGUUUUACAGGUGCUGUAGUGUUAUCAGUCUCAUAACAUUGUUUUAUUAUUUUACAUGUACGAUUUGAUUGUUCUAUCAAUCAAAAAUAUCAUUAAUUUAGGAAUCCUUUGUUUGCAGCGAUCACUGUUCUACAGAUCUUUGGCACUUUAGUUAAGCAUUUUUGAAAAUAUUCAAGGGAAUUUGUGUAAUUGCUCACACUUAAAAGUAUAUUAUUUUAUGAUGUUUUUUAAAUAUAUAAAAAUAAAGUGUGUGUGUGUGUGUGUGGAAUUUAAUUGUAGUUAAAUAAGUAACAAGCAAACUGAAAAUUUUCUUUUAUGAAAGUAAUCGUAUUCAUUUGUUUUUGUGAUGCAUUAAUGCAAAUGCACUACACU